CGGCGCCGGCCGCCCGGCUGAGGAGAGCCCGCCCUGCCGCUCGCUCCGCGCCGGGCCCUGCGGGGGCCGAGAGCGCGGCGCCCGCCCUUCCUCUCGCUUUCCUCGCCCGCCCGUUGGAGCAGCGUCGGGCCGGGAGGGCUCUGGGCUGAGGCGGCGGCAGCUCCUCCGGCUCCAUCAUGUCCGCGGGCGGAGACUUCGGGAACCCGCUGAGGAAAUUCAAGCUGGUGUUCCUGGGGGAGCAGAGCGUUGGAAAGACAUCUUUGAUCACCAGAUUCAUGUAUGACAGUUUUGACAACACCUACCAGGCAACAAUUGGUAUUGACUUUUUAUCGAAAACUAUGUACUUGGAGGAUCGAACAGUACGAUUGCAAUUAUGGGACACAGCAGGUCAAGAGCGGUUCAGGAGCUUGAUUCCUAGCUACAUUCGUGACUCCACUGUGGCAGUUGUUGUUUAUGAUAUCACAAAUGUUAACUCAUUCCAGCAAACUACAAAAUGGAUUGAUGAUGUCAGAACAGAAAGAGGAAGCGAUGUUAUCAUCAUGUUAGUAGGAAAUAAAACAGAUCUUGCUGAUAAGAGGCAAGUUUCAAUUGAGGAGGGAGAAAGGAAAGCCAAAGAGCUAAAUGUUAUGUUUAUUGAAACUAGUGCAAAAGCAGGAUAUAAUGUAAAGCAGCUCUUUCGACGUGUUGCAGCAGCUUUGCCUGGAAUGGAAAGCACACAGGACAGAAGCAGAGAAGACAUGAUUGACAUAAAACUGGAAAAGCCUCAGGAGCAGCCAGUCAGUGAAGGAGGCUGUUCCUGCUAAUCCCCUAUGGCAUCUUCCACCUUGCUCCGGAAGCUCACUGCUUUGGCUCCCUUACUAUUUCAUUGACUGCAGUGUGAAUAUUGGCUUGAACCCUUCCCCUUCAGUAAUAACGUAUUGCAGUUCAUCAUUGCUGCCUGUCUCGUGGAGAUGAUCUAUUAGCUUCACAAGCACAAAAAAAGUCAGUGUCUUCAUUAUUUAUAUUUUACAAAAAGCCAAAAUACUCCAGCAUAUUCCAGUGAUAACUUUAAAAAUUAGAUACAUUUUCUUAACAUUUUUUUCCUUUUUAAUGUUAUGGUAAUGUACUUCAAAAUGAUGGAAAUUUUUUCAAUGUUUAGCUUGGUUAAAGAGCAGUUGUUCAGAGCAGCACCUGCCUACCUGCUGAUCUCUCUGUCCCUGCUUUUCUCACCUCAACCUUAACCAUUCCCUAUUUUUUCCCUUCCUCAAAACAAACGAGGUGGCAAAGCAGUCAGACCAAGCCCAUUGGGAUUAUCCUUCAAUUAUAAUGAUAUCACUCUAGGCCGUUGAGCCAAGAUAUCCAAAAUUAUUCUUGCGCACUAAUAUAGAUUAUUUAAGCCUUAUUUGAGGCCAAACUUCAGCUGUCAUGGUAGGCAGUGCUUGAAAAAGAAAAGGGUUCUGGUGCAUCUUCAAAGUGAGUCUUAAUGAACAUAAAAUGUAUUUCUGACCAAAACAAAUGACCCUUUCAUCUAUGCUUUAUAAGACUCUGGGAGAGAAAAACAAGCAAGUGUUUCGGAACAGGUUUUUAAUUUUAAUUCUUCAUUGACCUUUCUCCCAAGAUUUUAAAAUUGUCAAGAUAGAGUUUUUUAUUUUUUUUUUAUUUUUUAUUUUUUUUUUUAUUUUUCAAAAAACAAAAACAACUUAUAAGCAAUAGAUUUCUCUUGGGUUUUCUUUCUUUAUUAAUGCUCUGCAGGGAAGACACUGUAGAAAUCAAAUUCCUUUAAGAACCAAUGAAAGAAUUUAAAUUUUGCACCUUGAUCAAAACUACUGAAACCAAUAGAAACAAUAUCUAAAGCUUACCAACAAAAGAACCCUCAGCAAAAUAACAGAUACUUUGCUCAGGACAUUUGAAAUAAAAUUGAAAACAGAAACAGUUUUCUUAUAAGUCCCUAGAGGCAGAUCUAGAAAAGCUUACAUAGAAGAGGGAAAGGAAAGAAUAGAAAUAAAAACUCAUUAUUAUGCAGAUUUAUGCCUUAUUUUUUAGCAUUUUUUAAAUGUUGGUUCUUUCAGGCUGGUUUUGCUUUUUACUAGAUCUGUAUAGUUUGGUUAAUUAACUAGUGAUUUAGUUUUAUAUUUAAGCUACAAUUAAUCUUUUGUCUUUGGUGAUAUUUAUUUCUUUGCCUUUUUUUAAAAAAUUACUUUCAAUUUUUAGAUGUUUUGUUCAGUCUACUUAGAGCUUCAUCACCAUGGCAAUAUAUAUUUCCCUUAAAACACUGCAAACAAAUAUACUAGGAGUGCACCCUUUUAAUCUUUACUAGUUAUUGUGAGAUUGCUGUGUAAGUUAAUAAACACAUUUGUAAAUACAUUGUUUGCAGGAAGAACAUUUCCGAGUUACAGCUCAGGAAAAGCCUGCUGAAUUUAUGUUGUAAGCAUUACUUAACACAGUAUAAAGAUGAAAUGACAACGAAAAUAUCUUCAUACUUCCUCAUCCCCUCACUACAACUAAAUCCUUAACCAGGAGAACUUUAUACCCGUCUCUUUCCUCUUCCUCCUCCACUACUCACUCACUGUCACCUUCUAAUAUUCAGAGAGCACUUGGAUUAUGGGUCUGAACAGAUAAAUGCUUUCAGAUAAUCAUUAGCCCACAUACCAGUAACUUAUUCUCAAAGAUGAGAUGGAGUUGUAAAGUGCUUUUAUAAUACAAUAUUAUUGUUAAAGGCAAGGGUUGACUCUUUUGUUUUAUUUUGACAUGGCAUGUCCUGAAAUAAAUAUCAAUUCAAUAUGGCAGAUGGGUCAUACUCUUUAUUUAGAAGAAAUUGUGAUUUCUGACAUGGGAGUGAUUGUUUUCCUACACUGUAGUGUUUGAUUCUUUUUCUGUAUCUUUAAGACAGUAACCAGUUAUGCUGCUUUUAAUAUUGAUCUUUUUAUUUGACCUGGGUUCUUCAACAGAAGCAGUAAAGUAUGUUCAAGGUCCAGAUUUUUUUUUAAAUAAACACAAUUUUGCUCCAAAAAUAUAUAAAGAAAACAAUUACUGACUUGGUUUCCCAUUCCUGCCAAGAUGGUGUAUUAACAUGUACUUCUUACCUCCUCCCUAGAACCACAAAGGGAAGGAACAUGGAUUCCAGAAAAGUAAACAACAAAAGUGAGAAGCCCCUGGAGAGUAAAACUCUUUUUAACUAUUGGGGAUAACAAGAGAAUAGUUAUAGCUUGAAGGACCAGGCAUAUGAGAGAGGCAAUAGUAGGAUGUAUUUAGA